AUGUAUGAGCUUUAUGUAAAGUGGUGCGAAGAAAAAAAAUUAGCUCCACAGAAUAAGUGGCUUUAUUACCAUAUUUUUAACUUUGAAUUUAAUCUGGGAUUCCAUGCUCCUAAAAAGGAUUUAUGCAACGUGUGCACAGAAUAUAAUACAAAAAAAGAUGAACAAAUAUUAAACGAAGAUUUAAAUGAAAAAUACAAUGAGCAUAUAAAAGCUAAGCUAGAAGCUCGCGAAGAAAAAAAGCAGGACAUAGAAGCCUGUAAGAAUGAUCCGUCUACAGCUCUACUAUGUUUUGAUAUGCAAAGUGUUCUAUUCCAACAUGUCCACAAACACAGGUUUCAAUAUCUUACUAUAAAAAAAGUACGCUGUUUAUAA